UUUCGAACCACCGACCGACCGACCGACCGACCGACCGAACGAAGAAGCGACAACAAUACGCCUAAUACCGCCAGCUCGCCACUAUGGCUGGCAACGGUUCUCUUUCUGGCCUUGCAAGCAGAGUCUCUGCUAUCGAGCGAAUCCCGUCUACGCCAUCGCUAAGCGAAAUCCAACGUCCUCGAAAACUUCGUCUCCUGAUUGCUGCAAACGGCCCUCGAGAUGUCGCCUUCGCGCAAGCCAUCGCCGUCCGCCUGUCGAAAGAGCCGCAAAUAACAACACGGGCGAUAGUAGACGACAUGACCCACCGGUUAGCGCAAGAGAUCAUGGUAUACAAGAACAGGAACUUGAGGGCAGAUGGACCCGAUGGCCUUACGGGCAAGGAGGUGGAAACAUAUCAGCAGCAAGCCGACGAACUGGUAGAAUGGGCUGACCUUCUCGUCAUUGCUCCCAUCGAUGCAGACCACCUGGCAAGGAUGAUGUGCGGUAUGGCGGAUACACUGCUGCUAGAGGUCUUGAGGGGCUGGGACGCCUCCAAGCGGAUACUUCUUAUACCUGGCAUGACCACUCACAUGUGGGAGAACCCAAUGACUAAGAGGCAGAUCAGCAAGCUUCAUCGAAAAUGGAGCUGGAUCCGGGUUCUUCCCCCCAUUCUGUGGCACUACGACGACAGCCCGAACCCGAAACGGAUUGUGAAAUGGGACGUGUUCAACGAAGUACUGGCCAUCAUCAAGAACCAGGCCGACCUGCUCAAGAUCGGUCACACCGUCGAAGUAUCCGUUCAGCAAGGAACAUCCGCCACAACAGGGAAGAAGGCCAGAAGCACACUACCACCAGAACUAUGGAGCAUGAUCUUCGAAUACACCAACGACUGGGAGCUAGCCACCUCGAUGGGCGUCUUCACCACCAUUCCCAUGCCCGAGAGCGAAGGCUGGCGACUGCAACCCAAAGAUCCCAACGACCCGCUCCAGGUGUUCAUGCACGAGCUUGAAUGGACGCUCCUGACAGCCAACACCAAAGCCAUCUGCGAAAAACUCUCACAAGCGCCCGAAUCCUUCCAAGACCUCUCGGCCUUGGCCGUCCACCUAAUAUUCAAGUUCGGCCUCACCGAAGUUCUCACCUACAUCGAGUCCAACUUCCCGCACCUCUUCAAAUGUUUCGACGGCAAGACGAUCCCUACCAAAGCCUCGGCCUACUACUACCGCACCGACAUCCUCGAAUGGUGGGCGCGAUCCCCUUCCUUCUUGGAAAAGCAGUACGACACGGAAGCACUCAACCUGGCCUCCAUGCGCGGCUCCAUUCCCGUGCUAGAGUGGUGGCGCCGCUCCGGCCUUCCCUUGAAAUACACCGAAUCCGCUUUUGAGCUAGCCACCUCUCGCGGUCAUCUGGACGUGCUACAGUGGUGGCGGGACGCCUCCCAGCGCGAACACCCGUCCCGAAACAUUUCUUUAAAACCGGGCCGCUCCCUGCUGAUGGCGGCGCAGUACGGCCACGUGGAGAUCAUGCGCUGGUGGCUCGAGCAGUCCGGGGUGCCCUUGGAGCACCAGGAGCACGUGUGCAAGAUAGCGAGUAGAUGGGGCCAGGUCAAGAUUUUGGACUUGUGGCGCGAGCUGAGGGGGGACGAUAAGAUGCAGUUUGAUAAUCAGAUUCUUAUAGAGCCGACCUUUCAUGCGCAUAUACCCGUUCUGGAAUGGUGGCGAAGGUAUGCGCAUGGGGAGCUACCCGGGAUGAAUGGGAGGAAGGGCAAGAGGGUGGAGUAUAAAACGAUGGAUAUCGAGGAGGCGCUGGAGGAUUCGUUGGGUGAUCAGACGAGGGUGAGGAGGUGGUGGGCCGAGAAUGGGUUAAAUUUGGGGCUGGGGACGAGUGAGUGGAUGAAGGUUAGGUAUUUGUAAUGGGAGUGAUGGGAUGGAAUGGGAUAGGUAAUGCAAGUUGGAGAUUGGGGGAUAACAUAACUCGGACGACCAAGGCGUCAUGACACUAAUGAUUACGGCAAAACUGGGAUUUCUAUAGAUGGUUUUUUAAAAGGGAAUAUCACGUGGGUGUAAGGGGAAGGAAUAAACAUAUCCUGAUAUCUGGUAGCUUGGGUGGGAAUGCAGUGAAGGAAUACCGUGACAGAAAAGAGGAGGCAUUGAUUGUUUUGGUUGCGUUG